UGUUACGAACAAAAACAGUACAAAAAUGGUCUCAAAUUCUGUAAGAUGAUCCUCUCUAAUCCAAAAUUUGCUGAACAUGGAGAGACAUUGGCCAUGAAAGGGCUGACGUUGAAUUGUUUAGGGAAAAAAGAAGACGCGUACGAAUUCGUCCGGAAAGGGCUACGGAAUGAUGUCAAAAGUCAUGUGUGUUGGCAUGUUUACGGGCUCUUGCAGCGCUCCGAUAAAAAAUACGACGAAGCGAUUAAGUGCUACCGAAAUGCUCUGAAGCUGGAUAAAGACAAUCUGCAGAUCCUCAGAGACCUUUCCCUGCUGCAGAUCCAGAUGAGGGACCUCGAAGGAUAUAAGGAAACCAGAUACCAAUUACUUCAGCUCCGGCCCACUCAAAGAGCAUCCUGGAUUGGCUAUGCAAUCGCGUAUCAUUUGCUAAAAGAUUACGACAUGGCCUUGAAAUUAUUAGAAGAAUUUAGGAAAACCCAACAGGUCCCCCCUAACAAAAUCGACUACGAAUAUAGUGAAUUAAUAUUGUACCAGAAUCAAGUGAUGAGAGAAGCAGAUUUCUUUCAAGAAUCAUUGGACCAUAUAGAAACUUACGAAAGGCAAAUCUGCGAUAAACUCAUGAUAGACGAGAUUAAAGGGGAAAUGUUGCUGAAUUUGGGGCGCCUGGAAGAAGCGGCUGAAAUCUAUCGGGAGCUUAUCGAUCGCAAUGCAGAAUGUUGGAGUUACUACGAGGGCCUGGAAAAAGCUCUGCAGCCACACUCUUUAGAAGAGAGGCUAGAAUUGUAUGAAGAAAUAAGCAAGCAACAUCCACGGGCUGUUUCCCCUCGAAGGCUACCUUUAAACUUCGUCACAGGUGAAAAAUUUAGAGAAUUGUUGGAUAAAUUCCUAAGGGUUAACUUCAGCAAAGGUUGCCCACCCCUGUUUACAACUUUGAAGUCUUUGUACUACAGUACAGAAAAGAUUUCAACAAUUGAAGAGCUGGUAAUUAGUUAUGAAGCUUCUUUGAAAACCUGUCACCUGUUUAGUCCAGAUGAAAAUGGAGAGCUUGAACCGCCAACGACGCUGCUCUGGGUUCGGUAUUUCCUUGCCCAGCAUUUUGACAAGCUUGGCCAAUUUUCCUUGGCAUUGGAUUACAUCAACUCUGCUGUGACGAGUACUCCGACAUUAAUAGAGCUGUUCUAUUUGAAAGCCAAAAUUUAUAAGCAUGUGGGCAACCUCAAGGAAGCGGCCAGAUGGAUGGAUGAGGCCCAGUCCUUGGAUACGGCAGACAGGUUCAUCAAUUCCAAGUGUGCAAAAUAUAUGCUGAGAGCCAAUUUGGUCAAGGAAGCCGAGGAGAUGUGUUCCAAAUUCACACGGGAAGGGACUUCUGCCACGGAGAAUCUCAAUGAAAUGCAGUGUAUGUGGUUUCAGACGGAAUGUGCCCUUGCUUUUCAAAGAUUAGGAAAAUACGGGGAAGCCUUGAAACAGUGCCACGAAAUUGAGAGGCACUUCUUUGAGAUCACCGAUGACCAGUUUGACUUCCAUACCUAUUGCAUGAGGAAGAUGACCUUGCGUGCCUACGUCGACCUCUUGAGGUUGGAAGACGUGCUGAGAAAACACGCCUUUUAUUUCAAGGCGGCGCGAUCGGCCAUUGAAAUUUACUUGAAGCUGCACGACAACCCGCUGGCCAGCGAGAACAAAGAGCAAGAAGUGAACUCAGAAAACCUUUCCGCCAAAGAACUGAAGAAAAUGCUCAGCAAGCAACGGCGGGCGCAGAAGAAAGCAAAGCUGGAGGAGGAGAAGAAACACGCAGAACGAGAGCGGCAGCAGAAGAGUCAGAAGAAGAAACGAGACGAAGAAGAGGAGGAGACCAGCGGCCCGAAGGAAGAAUUGGUUCCUGAGAAACUGGAAAGGGUGGAAAAUCCGUUGGAAGAGGCGAUUAAGUUCCUUAUACCACUGAAGAAUCUCGCAGCCGACAACAUAGACACCCAUCUGCUAGCCUUUGAAAUAUAUUUCAGGAAAGGAAAGUUCCUGCUAAUGCUGCAGUCCAUUAAAAGGGCUUUUGCUAUUGGCGAUAACAACCCCUGGCUACAUGAAUGUUUGAUUAAAUUUUCCAAGUGUGUGUCAAAUCACAGUAAUUUGCCAGAAAUCGUGAACAAGGUUCUUACGCAAGAAAUGGAGAAGAUUUUUAUUAGCAAGGAUUUGGAAAGUUUCAACGAAGAAUUUCUCAAACGUAAUUCUACCUCCAUACAGCACCUGCUGUCAGGUGCCAAAAUGAUGUAUUUCCUGGAUAAUUCAAGGCAGGAGAAGGCAAUCGCUAUGGCUACUAGGCUCGACGAAGUCAUGAGGGACAGAAACGUGAAGAUUUUAACGAUGGUGUUGGAUUUCUUGCGUGACGGCACCUUCGGCGAAUGCCACAGCCAGAGUGAGGCGUAUCGGACCGCGUGCCACAAAAUGUUCCCUUUAGCGACAGCCUUCAUGUCUCCCAGCAGCGACGAGGACAGUUGCUUUGCCCCCAUGAACCACAUGGCCAUCAAUCAUGAAGUGCUGACCAAUGAGAUUUGAAGCAGAAGGCGGGGCUUGCUCCUCCAAGGGAUCUUUUGGGAUCUCCCAGCCGGAUCUCUUCGGAACCUACUCAGCUGUCCAAUCCGGGAAACUGGAGGCAAAUCUGCUCCUUUUUUUUCCCCUCAGGAAGAGCUGACAAUAUUAACAGCCUUUUUUUUUUUUUUUGCAUAAUACUGGCCCUGUUUAUACUUUGUACAGCUAUAAAUCUUUCUAUUCUGAAUCGAUGACCCAUUGAGUAUGUCAAUCGAUUCCAUUGAGUAUGUCAAUAAAUAAGACCAUUUCUUCCAAAACGUGUUGGAUUGGAGAAUCUGAGAAGAGGCCGCCAUCUUGACUCUCUCGCCCUCCACGGAGAGUCCUGCCUGUGAACGUUAACAAACCAGGAUAAAUAUAUCCUCCACACGUGUUUUUCAUCGGUUUUAUGUUUCCAUGGGGGUCCUUGGUGCUCCCUGAGCUGGAUGGUUUCAUUGCCCAACUAGGUAACAAACGCGGGGCAAAAACCCCGCUCCCUUCUGGCACUGAUGACAUCACCUAGUUGGGUCACGAAACGUCUGCAAGAAAACCACCAACCUCAGAGAGCACCGAGGACUCGGUCAUUACAACCCUGAGCUACCCAUAUUAUUUUCCAUUUCUUUCAAAGCAUGGCUCCUGAUGGGUACCAGGCUAGUUUUGUCAGUUUCCUAGUAUUGUAUGGAAAUUCUGAUUCAUCGGAAAGAUGCAUUCGGAUUUAUACAGUGGAGAAUGUCGUUUUUAAAACUUGUAAAUUAUUUUGUUUCGUAAUGAUUCUUUUCAAUGAUCCAUUAAACCCUUAAUACCAUUAAGUUGCCAUUAUGACGAUUAAGUUACCUUUUUUAUUACUUAGGAAUUUUAAAAACAUUUCCCUUCCAAAACAGAAGGGAGGAAAUUAAUGGAGAAUGCGGUCAUAAUAAUAAUAAUGAUAAUAAUAAUGGUGAGCUACAUUAAAAUGUUCGAGAAAUGAAUCAGGAAACCAAUAGUCGGGGGGAAAAUAAUGUUCUAUCACAUGCUGUGAAGUUGUUAACGUUAAAUAAGGUUAUUUUUUCUUUAAAGCACAACUUCGUUUAAUUAUACAUUGCAUUUCAUCCUUUCUUCCCCUGUUUAAUUUUUAUAAGUUGACGUACCUGCACUUCACGUAUAACAUAUCAACAUUUUGAUUCAGUUUUAAAUGUCGUCCCCCCCCCCCUUUCAGGACAUAAAUAACUAUUCCUGAAAAUGUAAAAAGAAAAUUCACUGUGGCUUGUAUAAAAAAAAAAAAAAACUUUGUUUAAAAAAAACCCCCACAAUGGAACCAGUUUGUUUUCAACUUUUUUUGAAUAAUGUAAAUAUUUAAGAUGGUCCUAUGCAAAAUUUA